AUGAGCGGCGCUGGUGGCGGCUCUAGGGUUCCGAUCCCCACCAUCAAUGAAGUCAGAGAGAUCACCGGAAAGCACCACAGUUCCGAUGAAAUCUACGCCGCCCUUAAAGAAUGUUCCAUGGAUCCCAAAGAAACCGCUCAGAAGCUUCUUUAUUUAGAUACUUUUCAUGAAGUAAGAAGGAGACGCAAGAAGAGGAACCUUUGUGUUUAG